AUUUCUAGAGCUUUUCUUCCAACUUGUGAGUUUGAGUGAAUCCGAGCAAGGCUGACUUAGCACUCUAACGAGACUUGAGUGCUAAGUGGCGCACGGCCAAGAGUUGGUCCGUGGCAGAUGCCAUCGGUAGACGUGUGGCCUGUGGCUGAACUGUACAUUGGCAAUCGCGGACCAGAUUGCUGUUCAGUUGGGCUUCAGAUGAACUCUUACCCUUUUUCCCAUUGGUUUUUUAUGGGCCCAUAUGCUAGCAGCCCACUUGUUCCUGAUCCACGACACAAGGCUGUAGUAUUAACUAUUAACCCAAACCAAACCAAACCAGAACUCUAGGAAGAACGAUUGAGGUGAGGAAAAUCAAUUUCGUCCCCAGCUUCUGGUUUCCGGGUAUUCUUCUCAGCUCUUCCUCAUCACCAUUCAUCCCGUCCGCAGCCUCGGAGCAGCCAUUUCCCGCCAGUGCAUCCUUACAACAUUAGCAGAGAACUCAAAACUGACCUGCCUAUGCCAUAGCGAGAGUUUCGUAAAAAAUCUGACAGGGCGAAAUGGCAGCCAGAUUGAACCACUCAAUUCAGAACACUCUCUCCCUCUUAAACCCUCUAUGUUCAGUCACUACGAAAGCUACCCACUCAAGGAAUCGCCUGCCUUUCCGACGGAGCUUCGUGCUUUCUUCUGCCUACUCGAAAUCAAGAAGAGCCCUUUUCUGCUCCUGCGCAACGAGCGGCGGCACCGCGGGUUUCCAAAGUGAUGGAGGAGAAGCCGCAGCAAGGGAGACAUUUGUGCUCACAACCCCUCUUUACUACGUCAAUGCCGCUCCCCACAUGGGUAGCGCUUACACAACCAUCGCUGCUGAUGCUAUCGCCCGGUUUCAGAGGCUUUUAGGAAAGAAGGUUAUAUUGGUCACUGGCACGGAUGAGCAUGGAGAAAAAAUUGCUACUGCCGCUGCUGCCUGUGGUGCUAGCCCAAAUGAGCAUUGCGACAUUGUAUCUCAACAAUACAAGAGCCUGUGGAAAGAUUUAGACAUCUCAUACGGCAAGUUCAUUCGAACUACUGAUCCCAAGCAUGAAGCCAUUGUGAAAGAGUUCUAUGCGAGGGUACUUGCCAAUGGUGACAUUUACCACGCUGACUACGAGGGAUUGUACUGUGUCAACUGUGAGGAGUAUAAGGAUGAGAAGGAGUUGCUUGAGAACAAGUGCUGCCCAGUCCACUUAAAACCAUGUAUACAGCGCAAAGAGGAAAAUUACUUCUUUGCUUUGUCUAAGUACCAAAAAAAAUUGGAAGAAACUUUGUCAUCAAAUCCGAAUUUUGUUCAGCCUUCAUAUCGUUUGAAUGAGGUGCAAAGUUGGAUUAAAAGUGGCUUGAAAGACUUCUCGAUUUCUCGAGCAUCUGUAGAGUGGGGCAUUCCAGUUCCUAAUGACAAACGCCAAACUAUAUAUGUUUGGUUUGAUGCUUUACUUGGUUAUAUAUCAGCUCUUGCAGAGGAGAAUGGACAAACUAGUUUACAGGAGGCUGUUUCCUCUGGUUGGCCUGCAGCACUGCACUUGAUUGGCAAGGAUAUUUUGCGUUUUCAUGCAGUUUACUGGCCAGCUAUGCUUAUGUCUGCCGGACUUGACCUUCCCAAGAUGGUAUUUGGGCAUGGGUUCUUAACUAAGGAUGGCAUGAAGAUGGGGAAGUCAUUGGGAAAUACACUUGAACCAAAUGAUUUGGUCCAAAAAUUUGGGUCUGAUGCAGUUAGGUACUUCUUCCUUAGGGAAGUGGAAUUCGGUAACGAUGGUGAUUAUUCAGAAGACCGUUUCAUUAACAUUGUCAACGCACAUCUUGCCAAUACCCUAGGAAAUCUCCUUAAUCGCACUCUUGGACUUCUCAGAAAGAACUGUGAAUCGACUUUGGUGGUGGAUUCAGCCAUUGCGGCUGAAGGAAGUGCAUUCAAGGACACUGUUGAAAAACUGGUUGAGAAAGCCCGCAUCCAGUAUGAAAGUCUCUCUCUCUCGGCUGCAUGUGAGGCUGUACUCGAGAUUGGGAAUGCUGGCAACGCAUACAUGGAUGAACAAGCGCCAUGGUCUCUAUUUAAGCAGGGUGGAGCUGCUUCAGAAGCUGCCGCCAGGGAUCUUGUGACUAUUCUGGAAGGAAUGAGGAUCAUAGCCAUUGCUUUAUCCCCUGUAUCACCAGGCUUGUGCUGGAGAAUAUAUGAACAACUCGGUUUUUCGGAGGAUCAGUUUGCAACCAUCACCUGGGAUGAGACCAAAUGGGGUGGGUUGAAAGGUGGUCAGGUGAUGGCUCAACCUAAUCCUGUCUUUGCAAGGAUUGAGAACCCAGCAGAAGUGGCAACCGGUACCGAAGCAGCAGCAGCUAAGCCGGCAGUGAAAACCAAGAAGAAGAAGAAACCUCAGCCGCAAGUAGCUGCUGAGGCUUAGGCUCAAAUCGAGCCGCUUCUUAAUAGCUCACUAGGUCUCAUAGCCCGCGCUCCGCGGCGGGACUUGUUUUCAUUUGUGAAAUAUAUGGUGAUUAAAUAACUGACUGGAGUUUCAAAAGACACAACAACAUAGUUAAUUUUUGUGCGUUCUUCAAAAUCAUGUCAGGAGAUCCCCCUUCAUAGCUCAGUCUAUAAACACUUCCACUGUAUUGGUGUAGGCCUUCCCUUGGAAUUUACUUAGAAUGCGAGAGACAUUUAGACAUAUUAGUAUCAAAGAGAGCAGAGUUGGUGAGAUUGAACAAGUAACCUCUGUUCUAUAUGAGAUUAGCAUAAACCUCCUGAAACAAAAGAUUCAAAGAGAA